AAAAUAUUUUACAAUAAUUAAUAUAAUUCUUUUGUAAAAAUUAAAGCACAACGAAUCAACCGGUUUCAUUACCCAAGGCUAUCAUUAUACGAAUCUCAUCACAAUCUCAUUAGUCGAUAUUUCGUAAUUACAAGAGGCCUAAAAAUGUGAACGAGCAGCAACAAAAACUUGGAUAAAAUUUUCGCUCACGAAAAAAAUUGAUUGUUAACCGACAGUCAACAGUGCGUUCCUGUUGACUACGCUUCGUUCGUUGUCAUAUUCAACUUGGCAACGAACAGCAUAUAUAGAAGUUUCUAAAGAUGUCUACUAUGCUUCCACUGUCGACAAGUGCGUCUGGUACUCAUUUGCGUCCACAAUCAUUAAUCGGACCGGAACGCGAACCUGUACAUUUUACCGUCAAUUUAGUCGGCGCACCACCAGAAGUCGAGCAGCUUGUGGAACAGAUCAAAACUGUAGCAGAACAAUUUCUCUAUCAUUGGAAAACUUUUCCAAUUGUGCUUCCACAGCCAUUGUCAGCCACAACGCUCGCCUUAACUGCUAGCAAUGCAACGAAUAGCGUUAGCAGCCGCAAGACGCGUCCCAUAAAUUUGCGCGACCUAUUUAUAGCGCCACCCUUUGAUGAGCUCGAUGCUGUUGCAUCCGAUGGUAAUGGCGAACCACGUCGUUUAACCAACUCACAGCUAAAAUCGUUGCGUGAGAAUGGCUUGCAAAAGGAUAAAUAUGGAAAACCGAAGAAAUUAACUUUGGAACAAUUGGAAACAAUACGUAAAAAUGGUGAAUUCGAUGUGCCGAGUCUUCAUUUUCCGGGACAAGUACACAAGUGGCGACUUUCACAACUACUUCAAAAGGGGACACUACGUGCAAACGAUUCAUUUCUCAGUGAUUUAGCUUUAGCCGCAAGGUUUGUGGUGGUAACAGCUCGGGCCCGAAUAUUUUCUCAUUUCUUUUCGGUAGUGCAUGCGAUCAAUGCUCUACUGGAUGGCAUAGUUAAAUUGUUCGAUAUGAUAAUUGGUGUGCCUGCUCUACUGGCCCAUAAUCUAGACUAUAAAAUUAAAGAGGAACGUUGUCGUUUUCUUAUAGCAGAAUUAGUAUGUCGCCCCGAGUUUGAGGAUUGUUUAGAUGGUCUAUGUUCUUUUGUGCGUAAAAUGCUGCGACGUGCCACAAUGGAGAAAUUUGAUUUUAAUAGUUGUGAAGUAACGCAACCAGUGCCAUAUCUCUUUUUGACUCCGAAAGGACAGGAAAUCGAUUUACGUCUAUUUUGUCGAGAUAUAAUGCGUAAAGCAUUACCUAUACUUAUAGGUAUAUUGGAACGCGAAACAAGGGGUUGGUUUUUACAUUUUCGAGAACGCUUAAUUGCUGAGUUAAGAGCUAAAAAAUUAAGCGAUACUGAAAUUGAAGAGGAAGUUAAUGAAGCUGUUAUGAAAGAAUAUCUACAACGGGUAUAUUCAUCAAUAUUAUCACAUCCGAAACUAGAAGAUCUUGGCACUGGAAUUCCCGAACUUUUAGUACAGCAAGCACAAUCUGUUGUAAUUAUGUACAAAGCAGUCGAUAAAGUGCAGAAGGAUAUUAAACGUUCACGUGAAGAUCAUCAGAAAUGCUUAGCUAAUGAUCAUUCUGUACUUUCACGAGUUGCUCCUUGGUUGCGCUCAAAAUUGCGUGCUGCUGAGGAGAGUAAAUUGAACAAAUCAGCUUGGUCGGCACACGAAGAAUCUCUAAAAAUGUGCACAAAACACAACCUACAUCAAACUGCCUAUUUUCUUAGUCGUGAUUUAGCUUUUAUGAAAGAACGUGAACCUGUACUAUUAAAGGAACUACAAAAUGCCAAAGCACCAACACGAAGUUUUCAAUGGGCAUGUCGUAUAUGGUCACCUAAUUCGUGGAUAAUACGACGUAAUUUUCAAGGGCAAUCCGAUGUAAUACCUACGGUAAUCAGUCAACAGGCUACGUCAAUUGUAACACCACGUUCAGAUCCCAGUCAACCGGUAUUUUUAGUCGAAAAAGAAAUUAUACGCACCACAAGCACACGUUGGCCAUUUUGGCGUUUGUUGAAUCUGAUGCAGCGAACUUGGUGUUGGACAUGGAAUAUGAUGUUUUUGCUCGGCAUACUUGUGCCCUGGUGUAGCCCUUUGGGUUUACGUGCACUCUUUUGUAUAAAGCCAUUUAUGCCUGAUUUGGAAUUAUCACAAAUUAACGGCACAUUAUUUCCUAGAAAAACUAGCAUAACGCAGACAAUGGCCUCACGUCUAAUAGAACUAUGGCGGCACAUAUCGAAGUCACGUACACAUUUCGAAACGGAACCGGAUACUGGCUUUAUUGGCAAAGGUUUAACGCGCAAUUUAAAUCGUGCUUGGAACUAUUUUGUAAAGGGUUUUCUUGGCACGAUAAUUAUUCUUUUUGCAUUUCCACUUAUAUGUUUGGCAACCAGUUCACUGAGUAUUUCAUUGGCUUUGACGGCACCGCUUUGGAUACCUAUAUUUACUCUUCUAUUGCAUAUAUAUAUGAUUUUGGUUUAUGACCUAGAUUGUCCGGAUAAUUCGCGAAAUCGAUAUUGUAUACUCUUAGAGGCUGUUAUAUGGAACAUGAUAAUACAAGGUCUACUACAACCAAUAGCCGCAGUAUUAGUUGCUACCAUAUUCUGGUCAUUAGCUUCAGGUCUAAUUUUAAUUGUUGGAGUUGCGCGUUAUUCCUUACGAUUGCUUUGGGACUCUCUAACUUUUCAUUUAUUUAUCAAAAAAUGUGGUCGUAUACCAGCUUCGGAUAGUAUUGCUGUCAAACGCAUAGCGGGUCCAGGGUUAGCACUUGAUUAUUAUUUUAUUAUUAGACCAGAACAAGCCUUAGCUGCCUUUGAGGCAAAAAUGGAAUUGGAUGAGUUACAAGCUUAUCAGCAUGCCAUGGAACGUAUUAUACUACAACCUCAAAAGGAUUUUAGUCAAUUUGUAGAGGCUUGCUUUGGUCCAUUUUCAGCACAGUUAUCUAAAGCUGGACCCUAUAUGGCAUUGGAUCGUGAAGCGCAUGAUUUAAUGAGUACACUACAUGAAAAAUUAGAGAAACGUAGGCGCGAACUGCAGACUUCUCUGACGACACAAGUAAAAACACGCAUUAAACUAAACACCAAGGAGUUAAAAAUUGCAAUACAACUAGCCGCCCAUAUAUUAGAAAAAUGUUAUCCGUCACACGUGAUUGCUAGAUUAUCUAUUAAUGAAGAAGAUUUUUGGGAUAAUAAGGGUCUUAGUGUAAAUGAUUGGCCUGGUUUGGCUGGUCUUAUAUAUACCGAAGUUUUUAGCUUAGAUUUUUUAACGCCUUUGACUGAAAACGAUACGCAUUUCAAAUUAGAACCACAUCCCUCGCUUGAUCUUACACGUUACACAGAGAUGGUACAAAAUGCUACAGAAGUUAUAGGUUCAAAAGGGUUAGAUUUAUUGGGUAAUGUUUAUGCGCCUCGCGGUAACGUGCAAGUACAUUUACCAUUUUUAGAAGUAACAGCAUUCAAUCCACGUUCUAGAAUAACACUGACUUUUAGAAAGCCAGAGAAGAGAGAUAUGUCUGUUGGUCUAACAACACCACGUGUACGUGCCCAUCGUGCUCAGCACACAAAAACACCAGAACCACAAAAACCAUGGCGUCCAUGGAAGAAAAAAAUAGAUGAAAAAAGUAUAACUGAAAAAUUAUUAAUACCAUUGCCAGUACCGCACCCAGUGCAUAUCGCCAUUGCUAUACAUAAUCGGGAUAGUGAGAAUCCAAUACCACUUGAUUCGGAAUUAGUAUGGGAGAUAUUAAAAUCAAUUGAGGAUUGUCAAAACGGUGAUUUUAUGGCUGUGCAAUCUGUGGCGCGUUACCGAGGCGCCAUAACAGAGUCGAGUAACGACUCAUUAGCUUCAAGCAGUAGCAUUGGGAGUACACGAGAUUCUGCUGGUUCAGCUUCUGGUUCUGCAGUUGGCAAUGGUACUGAAACUUUACCCUGUGUGAAUCGGGAGGUCUGCACUCAAGUCAAAGUAGCUGAUGAGCCAAUGCAACCGUCGUCUGGCUUCCAUUGGACACUUAGUAACUGGGGAGCUGCGCAAACUGCUCGUCGGCGCACUAAUUCCAAUGUGCGAGUGGAUCUAGCCAGUCCCGAAGAUAUAUCUUUAGAUACGGAUAGUUCACGUGCUGUGUUCAAUGCAUACGGUACAACGGUUUAAUAUUAACAGUUUAUUAGUUAGUGUAUCUAACCAAAAGCUAUUUUCAAUUUCAUGCAUAAUUUUAACGAAAAAAAAAAAAUUUAAAUUAUUUUUUUUUAAUUUUGAAUUUAUACAUUUUUAAAAAGUUACAAAAUAUGUUGAAACAAAUCAAAUUCAUUAGGAGUUUAGCAAUAUAAUGGUUUUUAAACAAGUUUAGAUUUAAAAUUU